AUGAGCAGUUACUUUUCUCAAUAUCUACCGCACAUAAACCUUCCAAUAGCUUUUCAAAAAGAUGGCUCUGAGACUGAGUCUGUAACUUCAUCUGUAAGCGAGCACAAGAAAGGAGAGGAUGGUCAUGUUGAGUAUAUAUGUGUUUUCACCACUAGUGAUUUUGAUUGUCCAGAAACCACCAAUGAGACAUUACAAAAUCAGAUUUUGAUGUUUAUACAUAGUGACGCGGAUGCUAGUACACGUAUCAAGGACACUUUUGCCAAAACACGGUUAAUCGGAUUGUUAAAGGGAGUUUGGGCAUUUACAAGUGAAUUCGAAAGGAGCCCUCAAGAGGUGGAGGAAAAGAGGGCAGCGAAAAGUGUUGAUUUGUCAUUGACAGUCAAAGGAUCAAAAGAUUCCAUUCUUAUUAUUCAAUUAGAAAACCACUACUAUCUAACUUGUUGCAUUAAAUCAAUAGAUGAUAUCGUUUUGAAGCAAUUGAAACAUAUUCUUUUUCAACAGUAUUCCUUUUUCAAAUUGCACGAAAAAUCAAUAUCAUCCUUGAAAUCCGAGAUGGAUCUGGAAACAGUGGGUUUGAUAUUAAGUCGUUAUUGGACAAAAUUUAUUGCUACAUACAAUCUGGCAAAAAUUGGUGGGAUUGGUGAGUUGAAAUGGCCCAAUCUUUUAAGCUGUCCUGGGUUUUUGAGGCUUUUCAUAGAUAAUCAUAGUUUAUAUAAAAAGUCGUCUAUCAGCAUUCCUAAACGAACUCAAGAGGAUUUUAUAGAAUUAUUGAAAAAAGAGGCGAUGGUACCAUUUGGAAUAAUUGUCAACUGUGUCGAUAAAGUAGCAAUGAAAAAGUUUGGAUUGAUUUAUUGCAGUACCCUUACGGAGCAGAUGAGUCAAGAUUCAUUGAUUCAAAUUUAUAACUGGUUAGAACUGGAUAGUUGGCUAUCAUCGGACAAGACACAUAUUUUACAACAUCAAGAUCCAGAUGUAAACUUGAAAAGAGAGGAUGACCCAUCACCUUCGUUUUUGCAGUCCAAUAUGUUUGACCCUAUGACGCUAACUAACAACUUAAUAACACAGCCGUUGUAUACAGUUUCAGGGUUGAUGAACUUGAGGCUGUCUGAUGAUGCCAACGGAGACGAAGUAAGCAGACAAAAACAACAAGAGGGGACAACUGAUAGCAGGUGGUUUUCUUUACCUUUGGUUUUUAGGAAGAUGAGCUUGGUAGAGAAUAAUACCGGAGACGAGGUAGAGCCAAUUGACCAGCGUCUAAUGGAUGCACAAUCAGAAUCACAAUCACAACCACAACCAGAAUCACAACCACAACCAGAAUCACAACCAGAACCAGAACCACAACCAGAAUCACAAUCACAAAUAUUGCAGCCUCAGUCACAAGAAUCUUAUCAAGUGCAGAAUGGUGGAUUAUUUCCUGAAGUAGAAGAAGAAGAAGAAGAAGAAGAAGAGGAGGAGGAGGAGGAGGAGGAGGAGGAG